CCCCCCCCCCUUACCUCUCCUCCCUCACCUGGAGAGAAAAAGAAACAGAGAGAGAGAGAGAGGGAAGUGUGUGUGUGUAUUCGUGUGUGUGUGUUUUUAAUUAAUUUUUCUGUAACUCAUUUUUGAAACAGAAAGAAAGAAAGAAACAAAGAAAGAGAGAAAGUGAGAUAGUGACACGAGAAGAGAGAGAUAAACAGAUAAAGAAGAAAUAAAGAAAAAUAAGAAAAUAAGAAAAGGAAGAAGAAAGAGAGAUAGAGAGAGUGAAGAAAAAGAAGAAAAAGAGAGAGAAGAAAAAGAAAAGUGCAAAGAAGAAGAAAAAGAAGAAAAGGAAAAGAAAGAAGAAAAAUAAGACAAAAAGAAAAUUAAAAAGAAAAAUCUACCUAAUCUAUUUUUCUACCUAUCUCGCUCUUGUUGUUGUUAUUGUUGUUGUUGUUGUUGUUGACCUUGUGUGUAAAUAUUAUUAAUUUAUUUAACUAUUUAUUAUUAUUAUUAUUAUUAUUAUUAUUAUUAUUAUUAUUAUUAUUGUUAACGUUAAAAUUUUGAUAACUGACGACAUAGAGAGAGAGAGAGAGAGAUUAAAGAUAACGUAGACUAUCUUUACGUAAAUACAAGUAAAGAUAGUUCUAGUGUUUGAGAGAGAGAGAGAGAGAGAGAGAGAGAGAGAGAGAGAGAGAGAGAGAGAUUGUGGGACCCGGAUCUAGAGGGCGUGUCUCCUCCUCCUCCUCCUUUUCCUCCUCCUCCUCCUCCUCCUCCUCCUCCUCCUCUUCUUCUUCUUCCUCCUCCUCUUGCGUCCAGUUUCAUAUUUUUUAAACAACAACAAAUGCAAAAAAAAUAACAACAACUACUACUACUACUACUACUACUACUACUACUACUACUACAACAUGACUAUACUAUCGCAAUACGUGUCGGAUGCGGAGCCGUUGGUGGUGGUGGGGGAGAGGGGGCUAACCACCCUCAACACCAUGUCCUCGGAGCCACCCCAACCCAUCACCACCACCACCACCACGACAUCACCAGCGGAGGACCUCAAGCCUGCAAAAGAGGAAGGAGGAGGAGAAGGAGAGGAAGGGACAGAGGAGGCCGGUGGCGCCGAGGGGACGUUGAGAGGCAGAAGAAAGCUGGAAAAUGCGGACAGCAGCUACGAUAGUGAUUUUGACCCUAAGGAGGAGGACCAGCACGGGGAUGUUUGCAGGACAGUCUCGGAUACCCUUGGGGCGGAGUUUGCGGAGUAUGUCACGAAGUACUCACCGCAUCCACCCCCCGCUCACUCCUCCUCCUCCUCCUCGACCCCUACGGCCUCCUCCUCCUCCUCCUCCACGCAGUCCGCUAUUCCACUUCCCGUCUCAUCCACUCUGCUCAUAACGCAAACUCCACAUCAGGCUUCAUUGGUGAAAUCUACGACUACGGCCUCCACUACUACCACUACUACUACUACUACUACCCCAGAUACAACUACUACAACUACUACAACUCCUACGGCAACCCCCACUACUGCUUUUACUAAGACUACAGUACCUUCGACCCCUACUACUAUUACUACCACAACUACCACUACCAAAGACGCGACCCCUACGAUAACUACCACUACUACUGCUUCGACCACUACCACAACCACCCCGAAUGUAACCUUAACCCAACCCCAUCUGGCGCCCAAAACCGAUACUGGGGUUGAGGUCGAGAAGCCUACUGAAGUUACUAAGCCUAUUACGACUACUUCUACGACCACUACUACAGCUACGACUCCCACGCCGAGCCCAAGUUAUGCAUCCCAAGUGGAGUUCGGGAUCAAGUUGGGGUACUCCGAGACUUUGGUUCAACUUGCCCUCAUCAAACUUGGGGCAACACCGCAUAAGGAUGACCUGUUGGCAGAGCUCAUUCGACUAGGCACCAGUUCGAGCCCCCGCGCUGACCAAGGUGGAGGAGGUGGAGGAGGUGGAGGAGGAGGAGGUGGUACAAGCGGAGGAGGAGGUAGUGAGGAAGAUCGAGAUGAGAUGGUCUUAUCCUCCUCCUCCUCCUCCUCCUCUUCCUCCCUCCUUCAGCCUCCUCCUCAUCUUCAUCAUCUACAAGAACAACAACAACAACAACAGCAGCAGCUUCGACCGAUUAUUAUAGACGGCAGCAAUGUGGCUAUGAGCCACGGGAACAAGACCACCUUCUCCUGCCGGGGUCUACGUGUGUGCGUGGAGUGGUUUAGACAGCGCGGUCACAGCGAAAUCACAGUCUUUGUUCCUGCGUGGCGUAAGGAGGCGCCGCGCUGGGACACCCCCAUCGCCGACCAGGAGGUGCUGCUGGAACUCGAGAGGGAGAGAGUGCUGGUCUUCACGCCGUCACGGGUAUGUGGCGGCAAGCGGAUAGUCUCGUAUGAUGACCGGUACAUCCUGAAGGAGGCCCUGCAGUGUGGUGGCGUGGUGGUCAGCAACGACAACUACCGCGACCUGGUUUCCGAGUCACCCGGAUUCCGCCGUGUCGUCGAGGAAAAUCUCCUCAUGUUCUCGUGGGUCAAUGGCAGAUUUGUACCACCGGACGACCCCCUAGGACGCAGCGGGCCGACUCUGGACGUCUUCCUGCGUCGGGCGAACCUAAGGGACAAGGACAAGCAAGCCCCGUGUCCCUAUGGUCGGAAAUGUACCUAUGGAAAUAAGUGCAAGUAUAAACAUCCGGAAAGGGGAACGGCGCCGCUCAAGUCAGUCACAGAGCGCCUUCAGGAGCAGGCCCAGCGACACUACCAGAACAAGGCUAAGAGCAGGGAUUCGUCACCAGGUGAAGGCCUCCGCGGGUCCCUGUCCCUGCCGGUUUGCUCGGCCGCUGACUCUGACGUGUCCAAGAAGCCGUUGGCACGCACCCAGUCCAUCGUGCCCACCGUGUCGCUCACCCUGCCCUCCGCCCUCACCCAGGACACCCCCACCCACGACCACUCCCCCGCCACCACCCCCGCCGCCCCCACCCACUCCCACCACCACCUCAUGCCCCCCGCGCUGGACCCGCUGCGCUCCGCCACGCUGUACAAGAGUGACUCCGCCCUCUACCACCUCUACUCCUCCCCCCCCGGCUACGGCGCCUCAGCCUGGGGCUGGGAAGGGGGGCAGCAGGGGGGCGGGGCGGGGCACUAUGGGUCACACCUGCCCCUGGGUAAGCAGCAGAGUGACCCGGACCAGCAGGACAACCCGCACCGCAAGCUGCAGCGCCAGCUGACCCUCAACCCUUCCUACGACUCACGGCUGUACAAGAUACACGGCUUCAGGGAGCCUGCCCCGGAGCACUUCCCCCUGGGGGGCGCCCCCACCCCAGGCAGCGGCCAGGGCCAGGCGCAGGGCCAGGGCUCCCCCAGCAGGGUGGGGCGGGGCUCCGAGGGGGGCGUCUUCCCCCCGGGGCAGGGCCGCGCCUCACCGGGGUACUCCUCGGGGCCAUACACGGGGCGGGAUCAGGGCCCCGGGGGGCUGCACACCCCCCUGGCGCGCCACAGCUCCCAGGACGGGGCCAAGCACCUGGCGUCCCUGCCGCCCCACCUCUACCCCUCCUACUCCCACCCACACGUCACCCGCUUCGCCUCUGCCCCGGACCCCAUUUGGGGCGGGGCGCCCCAGGCCACCACCUCCGCCCCGCCGCCGCUCAUCACGCGCCUCAACAGCACCUCAGACACACGCCUCAACCUGUACACCACCGACCACCUCUACUUCCCCCCGGACCUGUACGAGGACCCCCUGGGGCGCCCCGCCUCGUACGCCCCCAUGACGCACCCCCCGGGCCCCUCCCAGGGCUCCCGCCCCAUGUCCCCACAGAGUUCAGCGCUGCACCACUCCCCCAGUGUGUCCCCGCGGGGCCACACGCCGCCCCAGCAGCAGCAGCAGCAGCAGCAGCCCCAGGGUAGCAGCCAGCCACAGGGCCCCCCGGGCAGCGGCUUCCCUCCGCCGGGCCACGAGGACACGCGGCUGCGGGUGUUCUACCACCUGUCGCAGCUGUUCCCCGAGGCACAGGUGCGGGCCGUCAUGACCCACCACCCCGAGGAGACCGACCCGCAGAAGAUAUGCGGCUACAUCCUGGCGGCGGGGCAGGGCGGCUCACGCCCCAUGUCCCCACAGCACGCCCAGCCCCAGCCCCCGCCGCCGGCCUCCCCGUACCUCAUGCAGGGCUUCCCCCCCCCGGCCCCCGCCAGCCACGAGGACGCCCGCCUGCGCGCCUUCUACCACCUCUCACAGCUGUUCCCCGAGGCCGAGGUGCGCGCCGUGCUGGCCCGCGCCCCGGACCAGACCGACAUACAGCAGUUCUGCGCCGCCCUGCUCCAGCGCCGCCCCGCCCACCAGUCAUGAGGCGGCGGCGGCGGUGAGGGGUGGUGGUGGUGGUGGUGGUGGUGGCAUUCCAGGGUCUGGGUGGCGGUGGUGGUGGUGGUGAUUUUUUAUGGUGUAGGGUGGUGACGGUGUACGUAUGUAUGUAUGUAUAUGUACGUCUGUGUGUGUGUGUGUAUAUGUAUUAGAGGACAGAUUUUAUGUGUAUGUACGUAUGUGUGUGUGUGUGUGUGUGUGUUUUUAAUUAAGUUAGUCUGGACAUAAGUAGAAAUUUUAGCUUGAGAGAGAGAGAGAGAGAGAGAGAGAGAGAGAGAGAGAGAGAGAGAGAGAGAGUAUUACAUGUAUAUAACUUAACUAAAACCUAAUUUAUGUCAAACCCGAUAAUACCAAUACACAGGAAGGAGAAGAGAAGGAGUACAAAAGAAGAAGAAGAAGAAGAAGAAGAAGAAGAAGAAGACGCCCACAAGCUCAGUGACCACUGGCGCCCUAACUAAAGAGAGUAUCUAUAAUAAUGAUAAGAAUAAUAGUAAUAAUAAUAAUAAUAAUAAUACAUAUAGAUAUACAUAAAUAUAUAUAUAAAUAUUUACUGCCGUGCGGUGUGUUGUGUGUGUUAGAAUUAUGCUGAGUGUGUUACCAAGCCACGGAGAGAGAGAGAGAGAGAGAGAGUGUGUGUGAGAGAGAGAGAGAGAGAGGAAAGCAGGGAGUGAGACAGACAGAGAGAGAGAGAUAGAAAGAGAAAGUUAUGAGAUUGAAAAUAGAGAGAGAGAGAGUGUGUGUGAGAGAGAGAGAGAGAGAGAGAGAGAGAGAGAGAGAGAGAGAGAGAGAGAGAAGUGAAGAGAAGGAAAACAGCAUGUGAGAGAGAGAGAGAGAGAGAGAGAGAGAGAGAGAGAGAGAGAGAAAAAGAGAAAGAGAGAGAGAGAGAGAGAGAGAGAGAGAGAGAGAGAGAGAGAGAGAGAGAGAGAGAGAGAGAGAGAGAGAGAGAGAACAACAACCAAAAGAAAGAUAGAGCGAGAGAGAGAGAGUGUGAAAGAAAGAAAGUGAGCGAGCGAGAGAGAGAGAGAGAGAGAGAGAGAGAGAGAGAGAGAGAGAGGUCUGCACCACUAGUUAAAAGAGAAACUUAUUUGCUCACAUUUAUGCUGAUAAGAAUAGGCUUAGUUCAACACCUGAGAGAGAGAGAGAGAGAGAGAGGCAGGUCAGACACUACAGGUAAACAUAUAUAUAUAUAGACAACAACAACCAAUGCUAUAGAGAUGGAAAAUAGAGGAGGUAAAUGUUUUGGAGUCACUAAGAGGUGAAGCCACUGUUAGAUUUUGAGGUACAGGUUAACAGUGAUGGAAAUAUGAGGUUUGGAAGUUAUAGAAGUUAAUGAGAGGUGAUUAUACAGGUUAAUUGAGGUUGUUAUACAGGUAGACUUGGAAAUACUGGUUAACAGCGAUGGAAAGUGUGGUUAAUAUAUACAGGUUAAUAAGAGAUGUACUUUAUUAAUAUUAAGAGAGGUGGAAGAGUGUCAUUUAGGUGUGAUUAAGUGUAAGGAAUAUCAGGAAAAAGUGUUAAUCAGUGUGGGAAGAAAUUGAUACUUGGUUGACAUCAGAUUGCAAGAGUUGAAUAUUGAAAAUGGUAGAAAAAAAUAAUACAAGUUGACGAUCAAUUCGAAAAAUAUGAAACAGUGUAAACAAAAACUAUAUCAAAUGAAGAACAGAAAAAAGAAUAUAUGUUUGUAAAAAAAUCAGCAGAAAAGAGAUAAAUUUGGAAGAGUUUAAUGUGAAAUAGAUUGAAAAAAGGCAGAUAUCAAAUUUGAGAUGAAAACAGAUCUGUAUAUAUGUAAUGAAGAACAGAAAAAGGAAUAUAUGUUUGUAAAAAAAUCAGCAGAAAAGAGAUAAAUUUGGAAGAGUUUAAUGUGAAAUAGAUUGAAAAAAGGCAGAUAUCAAAUUUGACGAGAUGUAAACAGGUCUGCAUAUAUGUAAUGAAGGACAGAAAAAAGAAUAUAUGUUUGUAAAAAAAUCAGCAGAAAAGAGAUAAAUUUGGAGGAGUUUAAUGUGAAAUAGAUUGAAAAAAGGCAGAUAUCAAAUUUGAGGAGAUGUAAACAGGUCUGCAUAUAUGUAAUGAAGAACAGAAAAAGGAAUAUAUGUUUGUAAAAAAAUCAGCAGAAAAGAGAUAAAUUUGGAGGAGUUUAAUGUGAAAUAGAUUGAAAAAAGGCAGAUAUCAAAUUUGAGUAGAUGAAAACAGGUCUGCAUAUAUAUAAUGAAGAACAGAAAAAAGAAUAUAUGUUUGUAAAAAAAUCAGCAGAAAAGAGAUAAAUUUGGAGGAGUUUAAUGUGAAAUAGAUUGAAAAAAGGCAGAUAUCAAAUUUGAGGAGAUGAAAACAGGUCUGCAUAUAUGUAAUUUGAAACCAGAAGAAAGCAGGUGUAUAUCUUAAUUAGCAACGAGUGUGAACAGGUGAACAGGUGUAAUUAAUAUUGAUAAGAUAGAGAAGAGUUGACUAGCAAAUUUGAAAACAUGAAAAAGUGUAAACAAAAACUAUAUCAUAUAAAGAACAAGGAAAAAAAAGCAAGGUAUAUAUAAAAAGAGGCAAAAAGAAGGUAAAUUUGGAGGAGUUUAACGUGAAAUAUUGAAGAAAAAACGUGGAUAUCAAAUGUGGACAGCUGACAACAGGUUUCUAAUUAGUAGCAGGUGUGGAGAGACUCAUGGAGGUGUGUUAGUGAGGCGAGG